AUGAGCAGUGUGGAGGAUGAGGAUUGGGACGAGCUGGAAGGCGGUGAAGAGGAUGAUUUUGCCCUGACUGGUACGCGGCAGCAUCUCAUGACGUUGCCCGACGAUAUCACAAAGGGAGUGUCUCCCGAGUCGUUCUCGGUUGAGAAGAAAAAUUUCGCCUUGCAGAUGCUGGCAAAUGAUCCAAAGACUUUGCUAGAUCAUCAACGAGAACUUGCAGAUUUAGUUAUCCGUCAUGCCAGCGAAGCGUUCACAGUAGCUUACGAAGCUACAAUGGGCGCUGGCAAAACCAUGUCAAUUCUGGCUUUGGCUGGCACCGUGCCCAAAACGGGGCGUAAGGUGUUGUAUGUCUGCCCGGAACAACAGCGCUCGGUGAGACUGGAAGUAGCACGUCUACUUUUCAGCAGCAUGGCCGUUCACACGGAUGCCGGCUUUGUUUGGGCAGAGUUCCAAGGGGGAAAGCUACAGAUCCGGUACAGUGCCCAUGUAAUCUGGAAUCGGAUGCCUGCCCAUGUGGAGGAGGGGAGCUGUGCGGCACUGGAUUAUCAUGGGGUUGUUGUUGCUUCGACACGAGCGGCAGCAGCGAUUCUCGAAGCCCGCCCAGAUCUCGAUUUUCUCCUGUUCUUCGACGAGUUCCUCUCGGAAGCUGGUACUGUGGGAACCGGCCUCCAUGAGUCCGUGGGGCUUCUGAAGACCGUUUUGAUGGCCCCGACACCCCAGCUUGUGUUGUCAUCAGCUACGCGGCUGAACGAGCCGGCCCUGAAUUUGUUUCGGGCUCUGCCAAACAUGCACGUGAGGCGCAUAGCCUCCAGCAAGCACCUGGUUCCCUGGAAUGUGCUGGCAGGAGUUGCUGGUGAAGUUUAUCCACACCACAACUGUCACAUGGCAAAUCAUCCAGCACUCCUCAAGGAGGCUAUCUCUCAGCCAACUUUCGCCCGGCUGGUUACCAAAGCCUCGUGCUCCGCCUUGGCUCAGGAUCUGGAAGUGGAGGUGCCACAGGCGGAACUUGCGGCCUGCUAUGACAAGGCUUUGGAGGUCUUGCAAAGAUGGCCGCUGCGAAUCCGUGAGCUUUGUGCGGACAAGAUGCCAGCGGCAAAGAUUUCAUUCAGCAAGCUGGAUCUGCUAGAAAUAACUCGAUCACUGGGCAAAACGACGGCAUUGUUGGCUACAAACCACGUUGAGGCAGCAACGACAGCAUAUUUUUCCAAAGACAUUGAGCACAUCCGAAGCAAGAUGUCCUUGGCCAGCAGCAAGAGGGAGAGGCUGAAAGAUGAGAACCGGUCCGUCAUUGCGACGCUUGCAAAACAAAAGCAGCAGGCCUUGGACAAGCUCUUCGCGAAAUGUUUCUUGCGAAAGCCUCCCUUCUCCUGUGUCCUGGAGCAAGGGUUCCAAUCCACGACGAAAUCAGAAGAAGAUAUGAUCAUUCUGUUGAUUGCUGGGAUUGGUGUGUUCACCGACGAGAUCAACCAGGCACGACCGCAAUAUGCCAAUUUUGUUGCUGAGCGUGCUCAACAUGGCCACCUCCACUUGCUAGUGGCGGAUGCGACGGUGGCUCACGGCGUAAACUUCCGCAUCUCCAACGUGAUCUUGGCGCCAUCCAUCGUGCAAGAGUGCACGCCAGCCACGGUGUUCCAGCUACUUGGUAGGGCUGGCCGUCGCGGCUUGUCCACGAAAGCAGACGUGCAUGGAAAUCUGGGUUUUUUCGAGAUGCUUCAGAAAGGCUUGUUGGGAGAGGUGGAUAUCUUCGAAGCGGAGAGCGAUGCCCUCCAGCAGUCGUGGGAGCAGUUAGGAGUCAAUGCCGCGGCUUCGAAAUCACUGACAUCAAGCGGCCCACCCUUCAAAAUUUCGAGUGAAUCAACAGUGGAUUCGACGGAAUCGGAAGAAGAUGCACAGGAGGAGGCAAAGGCAGUGACGAAAGAGCAGCCAGUUCGCGGGAAUCAGGAGUCGCCGGUGAAGAGCAACAGUGAAGAUUCUUCACCCGAGUCAUGGUUCCCUUGGGUUCGAAAGUUUUUCUCAGGCUGUUGCUUCUCACGCGAGGAGCCGAUUCGCUGA